UCCCUUUUAUGCUCUCCAGUUCGUCCAUCUUGUACUGGCACCUGGACGUUUCAUUCGGCUUAUAUCCGGCAACAGACCCUCUACAUAGUACCAAUUAUUGAAAGUAACACAGUCUAUACAGGAAGUCAUGAACAGAUUGGCGACUGGUUGAGAAAUUAAUCUGGAGAUUGUUGAAGAAUUGACUGUAAAUCUUAAGCCUGAAAUGAAAUUAAUGUAGUGGCUUGAGAUCGGUGGAUCCGACCAAUUAAUCAUGCGAAUUGAGGUUAUCAAGGCGGACACCAUUGAUGUGGCCAUCGAAAAAAUUCUCGUUGAACUUGGGGCAGAUACUACAAGCACCAGAGAGAAUGCCAUUUAUUUUGAUGGCUGGGAUGGGCUUGGGGCAUCAGCCGUUCUACAAGCUGUUGCCGAACGCCUCAGAAUAUCAAAUGACAUUUCGACGAGGCCCACAGGGCUGCAGUUUGAGAAAAUUAUCCAAAUCGACUGCUCAAAGUGGGAGAGCAGAAGAGCAAUGCAGAGGGAAAUCGCAGAGCAGCUGAAGCUUUCCAAUUGGGUGAUGGAGAUGUUUGACAAACAAGACGAGGAUGAUGAUUUUAACGGGUUAGACCAGAGUUCCCGCAGUGAGAUAGCACAAGUUGCCAGAGAGAUCUAUAAAACCACACAGAAUCACAAAUUCUUGGUGAUCUUACACAAUGGUAGCAAUGAGGAGAUUGAUAUAUUUAAAUUUGGUCUCUACAUAUAUGGAUAUGCCAAUAGCAAGAUGUUGUGGACUUUUCAAGGGAGGUUUCGUCUUGACCCCAAGAUGAUAGAGAAUAUGAAGAAGAGCACAUCAAGUGAUGUUAUUCUUUCAGCUUCAAGAGAUCAGCGAGAUCUGCAGGAGCUUUGGUCUUAUCUAGUUCGCCAUGAGGCUGCACAAGUUUCAUUCAAUAAGCAUGGCCACAUCAUUGAUCCUGCGAUUGCUGCUGAGUGUGUCUUGUAUAUGCUGAAACAAUGCUCCACCGGCUCUCACAUCGUUGACUACGACUGGGCUGUCCACACCAGUAACUAUUGGGUGUGCGAUGGAAUCAUCGCACUAACAGACAUUGACAAAGCAUGGCAAGUUAGCGAUGUUCUGCAGCGUGAGGUGCGUUUGUUGGGCAUUGACAACAGGCUUAAUGUCGGCGAGUCAACAAUAAUUCCUUCCUCUCACCUGGUGAGGUCUACGGAAUACAUGCCAUACUGGAUUUCAACGGCAACUUGUGGAUUUGUGCUGAGCCCCACUGGUAUUAUGCCCAAGAACAUGUUUCAGCACUCUCACCGGCUUGGAGUGCUCAAGCUCUCAAGGUGUACCUUCAGCUUCUCAUCGCCUCCAUUUCUCUGUUGCCACAGUCUGAGAUUCCUAUGGCUUGAGCACUGCCAAGACCUCCUUACAAGAACAAGCACCACCGAUCCUUACCAGUCAGAUUCAGACAAGGAGGAGUUGGACAACAACAUCACGAUGUCAUGGGAAUGUUUCCAAAACUUGUGGGUGCUUGACCUGCGCUACACAGACUGUGAUCAGAUCUUGUCUACACGGGUGAUGGAUCUCAUGACCCAGCUCAGGGAGUUAACCGUGAUGGGAGCCAAGAACUGGGACAUGAGCCAUUUACGGGGACGACUGCGUAACAUUCGCAAGCUCCGGGUAACAAAGUCCACAUGCUACUUCAACAAUGAUGUGUUCACAGAGAUGGAAAUCAUGGAGCUUCUUGAUUUCUCGGGUAAUACCAUCAGACAAGGCAUGACAAGGUUAUCUGGGCCUGCAAGCAACAGUAGCCUUGAGACUGUCAUGGUUGAUGGAUGCGAUGGGUUAAAAAUGAUCUCCUUUAGGGGCUGCAAAGAAUUGAAGAACAUGUUCUUGAAAGGAUUGUUGGGGAGUCUCGAGGAGCUGGAUCUCUCAGGCACAAAAGUAAAAACCGUCGAUCUUCGAGGAGUACAAUCCAAACACCUAAAGCGGAUCAUCCUGCUGGGUUGCAAGAAGCUCCGUGCAUGUGUACUAGGGAAAAUUUGGCCAGAGGUGUUGCGGAUCGACACCACCUCAACAUCAACAUCAACUGACAGAAGGGAAGCAUCACACGCACAUACAUAUGGUGAUCGAUCACUCCAGAAGCAGAAAGAAGAAAUGUUGAAGAAUGGAUGGCAGAUUUCUCUCACGGACGCAAGGUUCCUUAGGUGCUUUCCUGGUCUCAAAGGUUCUAUAGGCAAUUUACAUCUUGAUAUAUGUACUGCAGCCACUCUUGGUGGUAACAACGUCCAAGGAACAAGCAGUGAUAAACUGAUGCAAGUCCAACCGCAUACAAGUACCUUAAUGGGUUCCAUGUACAGAGAUGCCUUGAUAGAUGGCCCAGCUGAAGAAAUAAUGUUGUGGGAUUGCCCGAAGAUACCGAUAGACUGGCUAGGGAUGAGAUGUGUCAUAGAGGUGAUCAUGCAGGAGCGGGGAAAUGAACUUUUGGAGGAUGCUCCUGGUGGUUUGUUAUUUCCUGGCUUUAUAUUUAAUGGGGUUAAGUCACUGCACGUGUACGAUAACUCGUCCAUCACCAGUAUCCCUGAACCUUCUCAGGGAUCAAUAUGGAACUCGCUAACAUGGUGCAGGAUUGAGAGGUGCCUCAAGAUACGCACGGCCUUCACUGUUCACCAAGAAGGUGAUGAGAACAGGUUUAGAAUUCUACGGACAUUCUGGGCGUCCCAGCUCCUCUCUGCACGCUUUAUUUGGGACAAGCAAGUUGACUGUUACUUCACAUACCUGAAAUUCUUGCACCUGGACCACUGCCCAAGGCUCGUACAUGUACAUGUGCUCCCCUUUUUCAUAUCUGUGACAAACAUCGUCUUGUAUUCACUAGAGACCCUCGAGAUAUUGUACUGUGGUGACCUCCAGGAGGUAUUCCCUUUGGACUCUGAGCUUGAAGGGGAGGAUGUAGUUGAAGUACCCAAUUUGAGGCACAUCCACCUGCAUGAGCUCCCCAGUUUGCAGCGAAUCUGUGGGCGUAGGAUGUCUUCUCCUAACCUUGAGACCAUCAAGGUUAGGGGAUGCUGGAGCCUCAGGCGUCUGCCGGCCGUCGGUCGCGACACAAGGCCACCCAAGGUGGACUGCGAGAAGGAAUGGUGGGACAAUUUAGAGUGGGACGGGCUGAAGGAGCACCACCAUCCUUCCCUCUAUGAGCCGACACACUCUCUGUACUACAAGGCCCAGCUUCCCAGAGUCAGCCUACUCAGGUGA